AUUUGGGGGUAUAAAAGCUUCCGAGAGCGCAGGGUUUCGUCUUCCCCACGCGUCUGCCCUAGCGAAGAACUGGAAACCAGUGUAGCUGCAACCAAAUGAAGCAAGAAGAAGUUAAUCGCUGCCAAAUUCAAGAAUGGUAUCCAAAAUUCAAAUCCUUUUCUAUCAAAACCCUAAUUCACGAGCUUCCAGAAUCUUUCGUUCAGUACCUUCUCGACGACUCUGGGCCUUUUCUCCUUCCACUUUCCAUCUCCAACGAGGAUGCUCUUCCUAACAGAGUCGUUAAUCCCGAGGACAAAGAGGAUUACCAGUUGAAAGAAGGAUCGGAUGAUGAAUCGGAACAAUCCACUUCUCCUCCUUCGUUUCCGGAGCUUGAAUCUGACGUUAAACAGUCGAUUUUGUCUCUUGGCGGUUCCGUCUUCCCUAAGUUGAACUGGAGCGCACCGAAAGACUCUGCGUGGAUUAGCUCUACCGGAACUUUGAAGUGCUGUUCGUUCAGUGAGAUUGCGCUCUUGCUUCGAUCGUCGGAUUCUCUCGUUCAUGAUCUCUGUCACGCGUAUGAUUCCUGCACCGACAAAUCGUCGUCGAGGCCGUCGAGAUUCUUCCUUGCGCUGCGCAAGUGGUACCCGUCCCUUCGGCCAGAGAUGGAGUUUCGUUGCUUCGUGAGGAAUCGGGACCUGGUUGGCAUUUCCCAGCGUGAGGUCACAACGUUCUAUCCUGCUUUAGUGGAGAAGACGGAGAGCCUGCUAGAAGUCAUCCGAGAAUUCUUCAUCGACCAUUUGAAGUCAAGCUUCGAAUCGGAGAAUUACACGUUCGAUGUGUACGUGACGAAAAAUGAAGCUGUUAAGAUAGUGGAUUUCAAUCCAUGGGGUGCAUUCACACUUCCAUUGCUGUUCACUUGGGAGGAAUUGGAGGAGCAGAAUGAAGAGGUUGAUUUCAGAAUCGUAGAGAGCCGGAGGGCGGUGAGGCCAGGAUUGAAGACUGCGGUUCCAUUCGAUUACUUGGACACGAGCCCUGGAAGUGGUUGGGACCAGUUUUUGAAAAAUGCCGAUCAAGAAUUGCAGCAGCAAACCAGGGAUGAUGAUGGAUUGAAUCCCCAUCUCCAUUGAAGAACAUGAAUGAGCUUUAAAUUUGUUUCCUAUUAUUGAAAUGAGGAAACAGAGACAUGUUAGAUCGUGGUUUUGUUCUUGUAUUAUGGCCUUAAGUAAGUUUAAUAACCCAAAGUCGGAGAACAAUUUGAGAGCUUUGAGCAUGAUAG